AUGGCCCACGACGACGACAUCGCCUCCGUAGCUGUGCGCUCGGCCAAAGACGAACCCGCCACAUCGCACCCUGUCCCCCCCGCCGAAGGUACGAAGAAUGAAGCAAUGUUCUCCGAAGCAGCGACGGGACAGAGAAACCCCGUCGGCUCACGGCUGGGUUCUUUGCUCCACUCGUUCGAGCGGCAGCUCGUCGAGUAUAACCUCGAGGCGCGCGGCAUUGAGCGGGUUGCGCCAGAGGACCGCAUGAAGCGAUUGUCCGCGAUGUCGUAUCUGCAGGCGUUUCUGCUGUGGGUGUCGAUCAACCUGGCGGCGAAUAAUAUUACGUUAGGUAUGCUGGGGCCUGCGGUGUACGGGCUGAGUUUCCGGGACUCAGCGCUCUGUGCUGUCUUUGGGACUUUUGCAGGUGGUCUGGUUGCUUCGUGGAUGGCUACGUGGGGUCCUGUUUCUGGGAUCCGGACUAUGGCGUUCGGCCGAUACUCGAUGGGAUGGUGGCCGAGCAAGGUUGUCGUUCUGCUUAAUCUUGUGCAAAUGAUUGGGUAUGGCUUGAUCGACUGUGUUGUUGGUGGCCAGAUCUUGUCGGCUGUUUCUCCACAUGGCAGUCUGUCGGUUGCAGUCGGUAUUGUGAUCAUCGCUGUUAUCAGUUGGGCUGUGGCCACGUUUGGAAUCCAAGUUUUCCAUUAUUAUGAACGAUAUGCAUUCCUUCCGCAAUUGAUCGUCUUCUGCAUCUUAUUUGGCGUGUCGUCAACCAAAUUCGACCUAGCCACUGCCACCGUGGGCGAUGCUCGAACAGUAGCCGGUAAUAGGCUAUCAUUCUUCUCCAUCUGCCUCAGCGCCGCAAUUACCUACGCACCACUAGCAGGCGAUUUCUUCGUCUACUACCCUGAACAAACGUCCCGAACCAAAAUCUUCACACUCACUCUAACCGGCCUAGUCAUCUCCUUCACCUUCGCCCUCGUGUCAGGAAUUGGCCUCGGCUCCGGCAUAACCACUCACCCCGAAUAUGCCGCAGCAUACAACGUCGGCCAAGGCGCCCUGAUUGUCGAAGGCUUCGGUCCUCUCCACGGCUUCGGUAAAUUCUGCUCCGCAAUCGUCGCCCUCGGCCUCAUCGCCAACACCGUCCCUCCCACAUACUCCUCCAGUGUCGACUUCCAGAUCCUGGGCCGCUAUGCCGAAGCCGUGCCCCGCGUCAUCUGGAAUACCGUCGGCGUGAUCAUCUAUACCGCCUGCGCUCUCGCGGGCCGUGAACACCUCUCGGAGAUAUUCACCAAUUUCCUCGCCCUCAUGGGCUACUGGGUGGCUAUCUGGUUCGCGAUCGUGCUGGAAGAGUACCUGAUCUUUCGCCGUCGGUGCGGGUACAAUUGGGCUGCGUGGCGCGAUCCCAAGAAGCUCCCCAUUGGCAUUGCAGGAUUCAUCGCGUUUGUCGUUGGCUGGGUCGGUGCUAUCCUGUGCAUGGCUCAGGUUUGGUACAUCGGGCCCCUGGCAAAGCUUGUCGGGGCUUACGGUGCUGAUAUGGGGAACUAUGUCGGUUUCUCGUGGGCCCUGCUCGUCUUCCCUCCUCUUAGAUGGCUAGAGCUGCGCUUCUUCGGCCGGUAA